AUGCCCGCGCUCGUCCUCGGCGUCGCGCCCGGCCUCCUCGGGGAGCCGCGCGGGUUGGGCGCGCUCCCAGGCGCAUUCCUAGCCGGGCAGCCCCUCCUCCUCGGCCUUGGCCAAGGGGCUGGCGCCUCCCCGCCUCGCAGCGAUUGUCUCGUGCGGGCGGCUGCGGACGCUCCUGGCCGCUGCGGCUGCAGGUCGGCGCGCGGCGCACCUGGACCCGGGACUGCGCCUCCCGAGCGCGGCGGGCCCGGCUGCGCUCCGGGGCUCCCGCCUCCCUCCCUGCCCGAGCCGCUCGGGGCCGCGCGGAGCCCCGCUCCCCGCAGGGGCGGCUGCGGCAUCGGCUUGGGACAACCUCGGCAGGAAGGCAGACAAAGUUAUUUCCCCUUCCCAAGCAGAAAGGUUCCGAUUGGCAAGAUGGUGCCCAACUGUCCCCGCGCGCUCUUCCUCCUGCUGCUUUUCCUCGCCUGCCCCGAACCGCGGGCUUCCCAGAACUGUCCCAACAGACAGCAACUCCUCUCGGCCAUCCGCCAGCUGCAGCAGCUGCUGAAGGGCCAGGAGACACGCUUCGCCGAGGGCGUCCGUCACAUGAAGAGCCGGCUGGUGGCGCUGCAGAGCUCUGUGAGCAGAGCGGGCCCGGACAUGCCCCCAGUUUCCUGCCCUGCUCUGAGCACCCCUCCGGAUGGCAGAAAGUUUGGGAGCAAGUACUUAGUGGAUCACGAAGUCCAUUUUACCUGCAACGCUGGCUUCCGGCUGGUUGGGCCCAGCAGCGUGGUGUGUCUUCCCAAUGGCACCUGGACGGGAGAGCAGCCCCGCUGUAGAGAUAUCAGCGAAUGCUCCAGCCAGCCUUGUCAGAAUGGUGGCACAUGUGUGGAAGGUGUCAACCAGUACAAAUGCAUUUGUCCUCCGGGAAGGACGGGGAGCCGCUGUCAGCAUCAGGCCCAGACUGUCGCCCUCGAGGGCAGCGAGGAGGGGGACCCCGCCUUCAGCCGCGCGCCGCGAUGCGCGCAGGUGGAGCGGACGCAGCACUGCAGCUGCGAGGCCGGAUUCCACCUGAGCGGCGCCGCCGGCGACAGCGUCUGCCAGGAUGUGAAUGAGUGCGAGCUCUACGGACAGGAGGGGCGCUCCCGGCUCUGCAUGCACGCCUGUGUGAACACCCCUGGCUCCUACCGCUGUGCCUGCCCCAGCGGAUACCGGACCCUGGCCGACGGCAAGAGCUGUGAGGAUGUCGAUGAGUGUGUGAGCCCGCAGCACGUGUGCCCCCGGGGUACCGUGUGCAUCAACACGGGUGGAGGCUUCCAGUGCGUCAGCCCCGAGUGCCCCGAGGGCAGCGGCAACGUGAGCUACGUGAAGACCUCUCCGUUCCAGUGUGAACGGAACCCCUGCCCCAUGGACAGCAGGCCCUGCCGCCACAUGCCCAAGACCAUCUCCUUCCAUUACCUCUCUCUGCCCUCCAACCUGAAGACGCCCAUCACGCUCUUCCGCAUGGCCACGGCCUCGGCCCCCGGCCGGCCUGGACCCAACAGCCUGCGAUUUGGGAUUGUGGGUGGGAACAGCCGCGGCCACUUUGUGAUGCAGCGCUCGGACCGCCAGACAGGGGAGCUGAUCCUGGUCCAGACCCUGGAGGGACCUCAGACACUGGAGGUGGAUGUUGACAUGUCCGAAUACCUGGACCGCUCCUUCCAGGCCAACCACGUGUCCAAGGUCACCAUCUUUGUGUCCCCUUAUGACUUCUGAGGGUGCCAUGGGGUCACGGUGUGCAGCAAUCUGGGCUCAUUUCUCUUCCUCAAAGACUCAGCUGCAGGCGUUGACUGCAACAGACAUCUCUCCCCACCCUGCCCACUGCCCAUCUGCCUGUCCCCUACGUUCCUAGGGCAGCGCUGCACUCUGUCCCAGGAAGUGGCACCAAAGCGCAGCCCCAAAACCCAAACUACUGCCAUCACACGUUUUUCUGCUUUAAGGCCCUCCCCUUAGAUUAUGCACUUUCACAUAAUUUUUUUGUUUGUUUGUUUGUUUUUUACGGAGGAAUGGGCAGCUUUUCAAAAUGCUGUGUUGAGUGGCCUUGUGAGCUUGAACUAGCUAGGGAGGGAAGAGCUUAUGGCAUGUGUCUGAGAUGACUGUCCAGCCUCCUGUAUUGUUAUAGUCAAGCCUUGUUAUGAAGUAGUUCUGGUCAUGCUGAGGGUCAAAUCAUGCCCCUGUGCACGCGGCAUGGGAUGGGGGGGCAGGAUUCCCUUCCACGACCCAGCACGUUCUUGUCUGCAUUCCCCUCUGUGACACGCCUGCCAGCCUUCUCAUCAGAGAGCCGUGGCAGGGCCUGGACCCCAGUGCAGAUUCAUCCAGAUCAAGGGACCAAUGUUCACGUGUAGAUUUUGCCUGAAUUAAUUCCCUUUUGAGAAAUCAUAUCUCAAAACGUAACCUGGUAUUAUAACUGAAGAAAUAAAGUCUGUGGCUCCUCCCUGCCCACCUGGCCUGUCCCUGACCGUGAGCU